AUGUCCGCCGAGGGAGUUGAUCCCAUGAAAACGUUUAAUUUACUUAAAUAUUUCCAAUCAAAUGAUACAGACGCUAUUUCUCAAUUACUUCACUCUGAUUCCUCUGAUUCAAAGGAUUCAUCCAAUUCCACCCAAGGAAUCCUCCUCCUCGCCGUAAAAGCUGCAAAUCCAUCCACAAUCCAACAAAUUAUCUCUUUUAACGGUAUCGACAUUAAUGAGACUGAUCCCGAUGGCAACACUCCACUCCACAUCGCUUCUUCCCUCGGUAGAUCUGACGUAGUUGAAUUGCUGAUCAACAGCCCUUCCAUCAACGACUCUAUACGCAACAACCACUCUCGCUCUGCUAUCCAAGUCUGUAAAUCUGACGCUUGCGCUUUGAUUAUCCAUGACUCUCAAUCCAAGUUGAACGACGAAUUUCGUCACCUAGUGGCCGAGUACAUACGGCCGUCUUCACAGGACAAAAAUACUGGCCAGGACCUCAUUGACCUCCUCAAACUCCCCUGCUCUCCCAUUAUCGAUCUCAGUUACAUUGACAGCCACUCCGGUUCUACCCUCUUACAUUCCGCAGUUACAAACAAAGACUUUCCUCUCUUAAAAGCUGCCUUCGAAAACGCUAAUGCAUCUUCGUCAAUCGUUGACAGUCGUAACCUGUCCCUCUUGAGUUCUUGCAAAGACGAUCAGAUUAAAUCCUUCGUUAAACUCCAGGAGAGGCAAAAACCUAACGCUCACAACUUCCAAAGUAGAAAUAAGAAAGGUACCCUUAAGAAGUACGUUAAUCUCGCCACUGGUUGGCAUAACCGACACUUUGUCCUCCAAGAUGGCAUCCUCAACUACUACCUCUCAGCUGAAGAUGAAGCCAAGCAGCUGUCUAGAGGUGCCAUUAACUUGGAGUAUGGUAAAUUGAAGGAAGACAAAGGCGGUGAUAGCAGAAAAUUCGAAAUUCACUCCCACAACAACAAAUUCUUAGUCAGAGCUGACCAUCCAACCGAUGCCGCAUCAUGGAAGCAGGCAAUCAGUCUCACUGUGCAAGAUAUCAACAAUGGUGAUAAAAAUCCUUCUAUGGAUGCACCAAGAUCCCCCUUCCUUUAUGACUCGUCUUCCAGCAUUCAUGGCCGCCACGAUUCAAGAACUUCGCUUGCUGAUUUCCAGAGUCAGAAGGGUGGUUCUGACUCAAACUCUAUUGCCGAGACUGUUGAGAGCUACAAUGUAAAUGCUGUUCCACAUAACGGUACAUUUGAACAUGAGGGUCAAAAGCUCUCUGCGCACAUUGAAGCCACUGAAAGUCUUAUCAACACCUUCCUCAAGGAUGACUUUGAGGGUGAUAACGACACGCACAAUGAACGGAAAGAAGCGUUGAAGGGAUCAAUACAAACGCUAAGCUCACUCAUCGCUGGAUGGCAAUCAAUGGUUAAUGAAAGAGAAAUUUACUACAGAAAGUCACUUCAACACGAACGUGAGACUGCUAAACUGUGGGAGGAGAAUAUUGCAACUAUCGCCGUAGAAACUGCCAAAGUUGAAGGCGAAUUGGAAAACGUUCACAAAGCUCAAGAGGAUCGUCGCAAGGCUCUCAAGCACACUAAGCAUCAUUUACAUGGUGCUGCUGCAGGCACUUCGACUCUCUCUCCACCGAUGAAAGCAGCUGUUAUUGAUUCAAAGGAAUCAGCACCUGCUAGAGCAGAAGGUAACAUUUACGCCGCACACAAACAAGAUGAAAGUGGUGUUAGUGCACCUCCACAAGCUGCUCAUCACGCUCCUAUCAACGAUGAUCAACGUCCAUCUCCCAUGGCCAGAGUUACGUCAUCUUCAGAAGAUGAUGAUGAUGAUGAUGAUGACUUUUUCGAUGCCGUAGAAGAAGGUAAUUUGCCCAUGACACAGGAGGUCAGCGAGACAGAAAAGAAGCAUGAUCCACCUGUUGAAGAUCUCACUCCAUACGUACCAUACGAAAAGCUUAGAGAUGGUAUGCCGAUAUCAGAUGACAAACGUCCGCCAAUGAGUUUGUGGAGUGUAUUAAAAAGCUCAAUUGGCAAAGAUCUUACAAAGAUAUCAUUCCCCGUGACAUUCAAUGAGCCUACAUCGAUGCUUCAAAGAAUGGCUGAGGAUAUGGAGUUCACUGAGUGUUUAGAUGCUGCAGUAAAUAGUCAAGAUCCACUCAAAAGAGUUGCAUACGUUGCAGCGUUCGCAGCAUCCAAUUACAGUUCGACAAUGAACAGAAUAGCUAAACCUUUCAAUCCAAUGCUCGGUGAAACGUUUGAGUACUGCAGAUUUGACAAGCAGUAUCGUUACUUUAGCGAGCAGGUCAGCCAUCAUCCUCCCAUGUCAGCUUGUUGGGGUGAGAAUCCAAGAUGGAUUUACAAGGGAGAAGUUGAUGCAAAAAAUAAAUUUAUGGGUACCUCAUUUGAGAUUCGUCCAACUGGUAUUGCACAUGCUGAGUUGAAGAUUCCUGCAGCUUGGGCCAAGGAAGGUGUAACAUACCCAAGAGAGAAAUGCAAAGUUACUGGAGAAGAGUUGAUAAUUGAGCAUUACAGUUGGAAAAAGGUUACAACGGCAGUUACUGGGUUUGUAACAGCAUCUCCAGUUAUUGAUCACUUUGGCGAUAUGGUUGUCCUUAAUCACCGCACUGGCGAGUCAUGCACUUUGACAUUCAAGGCUCGUCCAUGGAGGGGCAAGGGGCAGGAAAUAAAAGGAUUUGUAACUAACAGCCAGAAGAAACGCGAGUGGGUGAUUGCGGGUAGAUGGGUGACUCAGCUUGUUGCGAAGAAGGUUGACAACGAGACUGAUGAAAUCAAUGCCGAUCAGCAAGUAGAAAAUUCUUCAGAGUACUUGCUGCUUUGGAAGAAUUCAGCAAAACCAAAGACACCAUUCAAUUUACCGCAAUUCGCAAUAACGUUGAACGAUUUACCCGGCGAUAGAUUAUCGACAAUGAAACCAAUUGAUCGACCUGACCUGAGACCUUGGUUGCCAUCUACGGAUUGUAGACUUCGACCAGAUCAGCGUGCAUUUGAAAUUGGACUGUAUGAUCUCGCCAAUGAUCUCAAGAUUCGCAACGAAGAGAAACAACGUGGGACGCGUAAAGAGAGAGAAAUGGGUAAAUUACCUCCACACAAGCCUAGAUGGUUCAACGCAGUUCAAGAUCCUGACACUGGCGAGAGAGUGUGGAUGCCAACAACUACCAAGACGGACAAUGGCCACAAUCAGAUUGAGUACUGGAGUGAAAGAGAGUCGGUUGGUAGAUCGCGCAGAGAGGGUGAUAGCGAGCGACAAUUUAAAGAUGUUGAUGAUAUAUUCGUCACUUGCAAGAUCGAGGAUCCUCGCUAA